AUGGCGACAUCUCCGCCAGUGUCGCUGUUAAGUUUGCCGCCAGAGUUACUCUUGGAAGUCUUGCAGAAUACAACGGCCGAAGCAUUGUGCCGAUGCAGACAGACAUGCCAAUUACUGCAUCAACUGAUCCGGGAGACACCCUCUCUCCGAUACAAACUCGAGCUCGCAGCCGCCGACCUCGUCGACACACCACCUCCCGGUGGACACGCACUCACGCUGGAAGACAGGAUGCAGCGGAUCAAACACUAUCGUCAAGCCUGGCAUAAGCUGCACUUAUCCGAGCCCAGAAAAUUCAUCAUCCGCGCAGGCGCAUUCCACAACAAGCCCCAGGACUGGCUCUUCCAUCCCAGCGGGGUGCUCGUUGAACGGACGGUAUCGGAAGACCUCCUCUGCACGCGGCUUGUGACGCCUCUUGGAGCACGCAGCGAGGAGCAGUGGACAAUCCCUCUGAACAAGGUUGUUGGGCAUUUGAAGCAGUUUGCCAUCGACCCGUCGCAGGACCUCUUGGUCACCCUUACCAGCGUCACACUGGGUGGUACUCGUCUCGCAUUUCGUUCCUUAGCCACAGGAAAACCUCAUGCGCUCGCCCCGAUAAAGGUUCUGGCGAUGCACGAAACCUACCGUGAUAUGAGCUUUAUCAGGAUACAAGAUUCAAUUGUCAUGGUACACGGCUGUAGCUCUACUGGGGACCUGCUGUGGAACUGGAAGACUGGCAUACUUGUCUACAUAGUCAAGACAUACGGCCGAAACCAGGUGGCCAUGAUAGACCAAGGCCACGUGAUUACCGUAGCACAUUCGGCUAUCCACGCCCACAGCUUCGACCCAAACCGCUCCUCCCCGUUCGGUGAAGAUGGUACUGCCCAAGAGACGUACGUGUCUCUCAUGGAGCCGAGUCGCAUUCGCGUAGUCUUCAUCGGAGGACAGGCGACCGUCCCGCAUACCUCGUUCUGUCGCCUCGACACCGAGAGGAUGUUUUGCGUCUUCGCCUGCGAGGGGAGGGAGCAAGGUCAGCCGGUCGGCACCCCGAAGCAGCUGCACAUCUCCGUACCACGGUCGGCGAUACUGGACUGCGUAUCGCGGAUGGGGGAUGACUACCCACGCCCGAGUUUCGGCUGGGACGAGUGGGGCGCCUGGGGACAGAGCGUCCAGUCUAUCGCGAACUUCUUUGAUUGGCCUCAAUAUAGCAUCUGCGGUUCGCGUGUUCUUGUGGCCCGUCCAACGGGCGAUGCCAACGCCAUCAGAUUAGAGUUGCUGGAGUACGCUGUGGUGAGCGUCUCAGAUCUGGGUUCGCCGCAAGACAAGCGUGCAAUGUCCGGAACAACGUUUGCGACGGGUGUAUCUUUGGGAGAACGGAGUUGUAAUCCAACCUGCUUCUUGAACGAGUUGAAGUUUUGCGUUACGCAGACCGUGAGCCUCACGGUCGCCAGUGGGUCGCACACAUGGGGGACAGUGCUGACCCGCCGCUGCCAGUGUGUGCACGAUCAUCUCAAGAGCGUCGCGACGCAUUUCGCAGUGUUGAGACCGCGAGCAGAAAAGCGAGUAGGAACAUCAAACGAGAUGGGAAGGCUGAACAUGUGUUAA